GGGCGGAGUCCCAGGAAGUGACGCCCCCUGCUGCGCCGGCGGAGACUUUUGCUAAGCGGGCGACCUUUAGCCGGCGAUGGAGAACCGAGCGGUGUACGGUCCCACUACCGAGGCGGCCCCGGGUGCCGGCAGGGGCGGCCUGGCCGCCUGCUUCACCCUGGGCCGGCUCUCAAGGCUUCAGCGUCUUAAGGGCUUGCAGCUGCUGCUGUCCCUGCUGGCCUUCAUCUGUGAAGAGGUUGUGUUCGAGUGCACGCUGUGCGGAGGCUUGUACUUCUUUGAAUUUGUGAGCUGUAGCGCCUUCCUCCUGAGCCUGCUCCUGCUGAUUGUGUACUGCACACCACUGUAUGACAGAGUUGACGCUGGGAAAGUCAAAUCAUCGGAUUUUUACAUCACCCUGGGGACAGGGUGUGUAUUUCUAUUGGCGUCUAUCAUUUUUGUUUCUACCCAUACUGGGACCUCACCUGAAAUUGCUGCAAUUGUGUUUGGCUUUAUGGCAAGUCUGAUGUUCCUGUUUGACUUUGGCCUCAUGCUGUAUGAGAAACGGCAGGAGAGCCAGCUGAGAAAACCUGAGAACAACCCCAGGGCUGGAACCCUCACAGAGCCACUGAAUGGUUAAGAGAGGCUCCUUCCGUGUGACCUGUGUGCACCUGUCUUUUGGAGAGAAGAGGAGGGGCAGGCGGGCAGCUUCUCAGUGCUGGGUGGCGGCCCGUCAGUUAGCUCAGAAGGUUUUUUAAUACUGUAGGAACUUGUCUCAAAUGGAGGAGGCUUUGUUGUUUGUUUGUUUGUUCGUUUGUUUUUAAAGGUGAGGACCAUUGUCUUUGAACUGCAUGUCUGUCAUUUGCUACAGGACUCCCAUCACCAGGCUUAGCUUCCAGACCAUGCAUUCUCUGUCCUUUUAGGAACUGUUUUAUUUUAAAAUCAUUUGCUUUGCUAUUAGUUUUUGAUAGUUAAAUUCUGUUCUGUUGUUGGAGGUUUAAUUUGUAUUUAAGAUGCUGGCAUAGGCCUCUUUCCUUAUUAUAUGAUCCUUGUCUUUACUGUAUCUCACUCAGCUUUACACUUAUGUGCUAACCUUUAAAGGCAAUUAUUCCUGACCCAUGCAUUGCCUAACAAAGUGCGUGGGCUGGUGGUGUUUUAUAUGAUAUAAAAACAAUAUCAGCAGCUUUGUGGUUUUUACAUUGCACUCUGGUUGUUGAGGUUACAUUUAAAAGAAAAAGGAAGAUGGUUAUGAAAUGCAGAAAGUUGAAGAAACUGAUCCUACAUCUGAAGACCAAAGAUUAGACUCUGUCCUGCACAGCGGACGUGAUUGCACAGAUAGGCCUGGACCACUUGGCGGAGAUGUGAAGGGGCGUGCUGGGUGCACACAUGGAAAUAAACAGUUGGUGGCGUCUGUGAUGUGUGCACACACACACACACACACACACGGUUGGUGGUGUUCAUCCUGUGAGUUGGAAACUGGGGGUCUCCCUCCUGGCAGAUGGUUAUUCCGACUCAAGUCACAGAGCUCUGCAGGCUUCUCUUUCGAGUCCCGGGCUGGGGUUGCUCACCCACCCGAGACGCCUCCGUUCUGACCUUCUAGAUGGUCCCUGUGCCGCAUCCCCAUCUGCUAAGGACCCUUCACUCUUGCCCUUCCCUUCUCUUCUCAUUCAGGUUCAUUUCAACUGUCUCCAGGCCAUCCAGACACUUGUGCCCUUCCUGUCACCAAAAGUCUGAGGCAGGAAUGUCAGGUUCUUCUUCCCAUAAGCCUCUGCUUGAGUUUCUCUCCAGGGGAGGUGUCUGGAGAAAGCGAAUCCAAGAAUCCCUGCUAGUGAAUACUGUUGGUGGUUAGGGAGGCCACAGACUGUUCCUGACACUUGGGAAGGAUUGCUUGUUGCUGUAUGGCUAUCUUAGAGCCACUGGGCAGCUUUGUGCCCAAAGGGGACCUUUCUUAUCUUCCUUCUCAGAAAUGGAGGAGUCUGGGCACACAGCUUCUGCUGUUACUGACUCACUGCCUGAUCUGCUGGCAUCGAGGUUACAUGCUAGUGACGUCAUCACACUUGCUUGGGAGAUGAUGAAUCCAAUCAUGGAUGUUGCCUUACUGUAGGGCAUGCCACUUAGGAGAAGGGACAGUAGCUCUUGAAACCAGGAAUAGAAUAAUUCAAAAAUAACCAGUUUAUGGCAGACAGUUUUAGAUUGUACAUCAAGCUGUGCUGUAGUCACAGUAUCAUCUAGACCUGCUGAGAGUUAGCAGCCAAUCUGGGCAGCUUUAGUGUUACCAACUCUAGUGUCUGUUACUGUAACAAAAUACCCGAGACAACUUAAAAAGAGGAAGGAUUGGGGCUGGAGAGAUGGCUCAGAGGUUAAGAGUGCUUCUUCCUUCUCUUCAGAGGACCUGAAUUCUAUUCUCCAGCACCACAUGGGAUGGCACGUGACUGCCUGGUGCUCUAACGCCAGGGCAUCCAGUGUCUUUGGUCUCUGUCACCCAGACAUGCAUGACAUCCAUUCCAUUUGCACAUCCACACAUAAAGUAAAUUGUAAAAGGAAAAGAGGGUUUAUGUGGCGUGCAUUUUUGUAUGCUUCAGCCCACGGUCUGUCCUGUUGUCUUAGACGGCAGCACAUCAUGGUGGGGGUUGGUAGAGCAGGCUGCUGGUCCUGUGCCUCAGGGAAGCAAGGAAAGCAUGGGCAUGACUGGAGGUCCUGUGUUCCCUUUGGAGGGUACGCCCCACCAACCUAAGACCUCACACUAGGCCCCACCUCUAAAGGUUGCUGCCACCUCUCACUAGUGCCGUCCUGGAGAGCCCUUGGGGACAACUCAUCUCGUGUGCACCUCUCUGCCCGUGUUUGGCUUGAUCAAGAUGGACAGACAUACUCUGACUCGGCUACUUCUUCCCUUUAAGAAGAUACACUGGUCACUUGUAUCUGUGGUCACUCUUAGAGCUUUCUCUCUUGGGGGACCUGUGACUGUUUGGCUUCUGCAUUCUCAGGGGGCAGAUGGGGUUAAAGACUGUGGCACCAAAUCAGCUCAAGAAGAACUGGGAUCAGAGACCGUCAGCGCAGAAAAGAUGUCUUUAUUAUAAGAGCUGUGGCAAAUUGGAUUUGCUGUAUUUUAUACAAAUGUUUAGAAUGGUUUUUAAGACUUAGAAGGGAAAUAUACUUACAGAACAAGACUUUUAUAAUUACUAUACUUAAAUUAUGCUUUUAUGUGGGGACUGGGAAAUGUAUUUUUACAUUGCUUAUAUCCAAUCACUUUUGUAUUUGUUGAUUUAAAGCCUGUGGGUCUUUUUUUAUCACUCUUAAUAUCAACUUUUAUAAUCUUUUAAAUAAAUCCUCUUAAGUCUAGUGUU